CUAAGCAGCGAAUCUCUUCCCCCCGCCCCCGCCCCCGCCCCAUAUCAUCCUGUGGUGUGGCUCCGGCUCUGUUAGUAGAAAGCAUGGUGGAGAUGGUGGAAGCCAAUACCUGCUUUCGUGGCUGCUGCUCGAGCGAGGGCAUCCGCCUCCAUUUUCCACCCUCUUCUUAUUCUCUUCUUUCCACGAUUGCUCGAGGCUCCGAAAGCACUGUAUUUGAAGCAAGGCUCCAAGGCCAGAAGGUCGUUGCUAAGAAGCCCAUUCUCUCCACCUCGGAGAACAUCGACAAGUUCCACCGCGAAUUGCAACUUUUAUGCAAAUUGGACCACCCGGGCUUGGCGAAGCUGGUUGCAGCACAUGCUAGGCCGCCGAAUUAUAUGUUCUUCUUUGAGUUCUAUGAAAUGGGAAGUUUGGCUCAUAAAGUGCAUGUGGAAGAGUGGAGUCCUUCCGUAGAUGAAGCCCUUGUGAUCGCUUAUGAUCUGGCAAAGGCUCUGCAGUACAUGCAUGAACUUGGCGUUGUGCAUAGAGAUGUGAAGCCUGGAAAUAUUCUACUUGAUAGUAAUUUUUGCCCACACCUGGCAGAUUUUGGUUUGUCCUCAUAUAUGAAGGAUCUUAAACACGUAUCAUUGGAGAAUUGGAAAUCCUCUGGCAAGCCUACUGGUGGAUUUCACAAGAAAAAUAUGGUUGGGACACUCAUUUAUAUGGCACCAGAGAUACUUAGGAAGGAUAUACAUACUGAAAAGUCAGAUGUAUAUAGUUUUGCUAUAUCAAUUAAUGAACUUCUUACUGGUGUAGUUCCUUAUACUGAUCUACGUGCGGAAGCUCAGGCCCACACAGUUCUUGAAAUGAGCUAUACCGAGCAGCAACUUACGGCAGCAGUAGUUUCUGAAGGACUGCGGCCUGCCCUUGUUCAAUCCAAGCCUCGCUUACCCACAAGUCUUGUUGCACUAAUCCAAAGGUGUUGGGACUCAAAUCCUGUAUUUAGACCAUCUUUCUAUGAGAUAACUAAAGAACUAGAUGAUAUUAUGAAGGAUGUCAUAAAAACAGGUGUGGAAAAACACUCUGAAGUGCUUUCAUCUUCUCUGAGAAGUCAAUAUCGAAAUGGUCUGAAUAGCCUUCCCUGUUUUCAAGAAGAAUUAAACUGGUUCGACCAAGGGGAGCUAACAUCAAAGGAAGCUCAUGAUGGAAAUAAAAUAAUGAAACUCUGGCCUAGUUCUUUACAUGAACCUCUGCAAUACCAACCUACAUUAUCAUGGGGAUCUUUUGCAGCAUGUGGGAGAAGGGAGAAAAUGGAGGAUACACACUUUUUGCUUCCCCAAAUGUGCAAUGAGAAAGAUAUUCAUGUGUUUGGAAUUUGUGAUGGUCAUCGAGGUGCUGCGGCUGCUGAGUUCUCUGCUCGAGCUCUACCCGGGUUUCUAAAGAGAUCUGGCUACAAUAGCAGUCCAUCGAAGGCACUUUGUGAAGCAUUUGUGAAUACAGAUAUUGCAUUCAGAAAAGAAUUGACGUCACACUGUAAUUCCAAAAGAGUUACUAAGAAAGAUUGGCAUCCUGGUUGCACUGCACUUACAGCAUUAAUAGUAAGAAACAAGCUUUUUGUGGCUAAUGCUGGUGAUUGCCGGGCUAUUCUCUGUCGUUCUGGCCACCCAUUUCCAAUGAGCAAGGAACAUCUUGCAAGCUGUGAUGAGGAAAGGAUGCGUGUAAUGAGUGAAGGCAUGGAAGUGACAUGGAUGGUGGAUACGUGGAGGGUUGGCGCUGCCGCGCUUCAGGUUACACGAUCAAUUGGUGAUGAUGACUUGAAACCUGCUGUGACUGCGGUGCCUGAGAUUAUAGAAACUUUUUUGUCAGCAAUUGAUGAGUUCUUGGUGAUGGCCAGCGACGGACUAUGGGAUGUUAUGAGCAACGAAGAAGUGAUAUCCAUUAUUAGAGAUACUGUGAAGGAGGCGACGAUGUGUUCCAAGAGAUUGGUCACUGAAGCCAUUGAACGUGGUAGCAUGGAUAACAUUACAGCCAUUGUUGUCUUCCUCCAACCUGUCUCCACUGCUGAAAGAGUCUACUAGCUAAUCAAACAAUAAAUGGAACUUUUUUAAUGGCUGUAUCAGUUUCCUCUCAGUAAUUUGAAGCAUGAGAGGCUGAUCAAUAAUGAUCUGGAGCUUUUUUUUUGGUGUAAUUUGUCAGUCUAAGGUACUCAAUAAUCACAUUGUUUGUAUUUGAUAAUUUUUUUUUUAUUGAAUCUUUAUGAAGGA